AUGAUUAAUAAAAAUUUCAAUUUACAUUUAAAAUUAAACAAAUUAGACUUUAAUUCCAAUCAACAAUCGCAACCAUUUACCCCAACUGAUCAAACUUUAAAAACUCCAAUGGAAGUGCCUAAUAAUAAUAACAAUUAUAAUUCCCAAACUUCAUUUUUUCAGCCACCUCAAUUGAAUAGAAACAAUUCUUCAUUUUAUCAAUCUUCAAAUGAAUCAGAUGAUAUACUCACAGACAUUGAUGAACCAAAUUUAGUUAGUAAUAGGAAAAAUUUCUAUAGUUUAUAUUUUACAAAUACUUUUGACUCAUUAUUAUUAAAAAUUUAUAUUGAAAUAUUAUCCAAACCUACAACAACACCAUUUUCAGGUUCAAUACCACCUAGUGGAUUAGUUGGAAGAGUUGCAAAUGAAGUUAUACAUCAAUUAAUUAAUCAAAGUUCAAAUAGUCAAAUUUUAUUUGAUCAACAAGCAAUUAUGAAUAGGGAAUGUUUAAGAAAUCAUGAUUUACAACCUAUUAUAUUACAGUUAAUUAGAAAAAGAUUAUUAGAACUAUGUCAUAAUAAAUCAGAAGCUGUAAAAUUACCAGAACAAACAACAAUACAAUGUGUAAAUACAAACUCAAAUUUAAAAUCAAAUUCAAUAAGUUCAAUAUCUUUAAAUGAAAUGAAUUUGAUGAAUUAUAAUGCACAACAACAAGAAAAACAACAAAAGGAAGGUAAUACAAAUUCAUCAGCUUCUUCAAUUCGUUCAAGAUCAUCAUCUAUAAAUUUAAGAAAACAAUCAUUAACUAGAAAUAAUUCAAAUAAUUGGUUACAUGUAGGGAAUAUAUCUAGUUUAAGACCCCAAUUACAGUUUAAUAAUGAUUUUAAUAUAAGUGCUGAUUCAUUACAAUCAAUUCAAGAUUAUGUACCACAUAAUUUCAUGAAUAAACAACAACAACAAUUUCAACAAGCUCAACAACAACAAACAAAUCAAGCUCAAUUAAAUUCAAUGAUGAAUGAUUAUCAUAUAACACCACCAACAUCACAUAAAUCAUCAAUAAGUUCAACAAAUAAUAGUAAUAUAAAUAAUAACUAUGUAAAUACCUCAAAUUAUCAAAGUCAAACUCAAACACCACCAUAUACAGAAGAACAAUUACAACAAUUACAACAAGAUUCAAAUGCAUUUAAUUUUUUACAAAGAUCAAGAAGUUCAUCAAAAAAUUCAACAUUAAAUUUAAAUAUUAAUUUAAAUCUAAAUAAUCAAGAUCAAAUAGCAUUAGAUUCUCCAUUUUGUUCAUCUACUGAUGAAUAUUUUCCAGGAUUUCAAUCAUCACAAACUUCACAAACAUCGCAACAAUCACAAAAUAAUGAUAAUGAAGAAUCACAAAAUACUAAUACCAGUUCGUUGAAAAAUCUUUUCACAUUGAGUGAAAAGAAGAGGGACAGUUUGAAGUUGAAAAGAGGAAUAAUUUAA